GUACAGAUAUAUAAAUCGGCAGCGGGGCUCACAAGCAAUGUUCAUCUAAUUUCUCUUCCUCCCUCUUUUACACCCGAGCGAGAUCGCUUUGGAGCCCAUUUCGUCGAACCCUGGGUCGAGUAUUUCUGGGAUUCGAUGAAGUCGUCGCAUUUCAUGGACAAGCAGGUCACGGGGAUGUCGGAAAAGUCGCAGGGCGGCGAUCUCUUUGAUCUGAUGGAUGCCCAAGAGGAGCCCCGGAACAAUGGAGGCGUGAUCAAGAAGGAGGAGAUCCUUCCGAGUUACGACUUCCAGCCUAUUCGCACCGUCGGCUCAUGGCCGCCCAUGAAUGCCGGCCUCGAUGCCGCCGAUUCCAAGAAGAUCGGUUCCUCCAGUCUCAGAUAUUCUGGUAUUCUCGAACCCCAUGAAACAGCAAAAGUCAGUCAUGACAAACAAAGAGAUGCAUAUGAUGUGGCUACAGUGGCUGAGAUCGAUUGUAUAGUGAAGAAAUAUGCUGAUAAUCUGCUACAUGCUUUGGAAGGUGUUGGUUCAAGGUUAUCCCAGCUGGAGAGUAGAACUCGUUACCUUGAAGGCUGUGUUGAUGAAUUGAAGGUUUCUGUUGGGAAUAAUCAUGGAAGCACUGAUGGGAAGUUAAGACAACUGGAGAAUAUUUUAAGGGAGGUCCAAACUGGUGUGCAGGUUUUGCGUGAUAAACAAGAUAUUGCAGAGGCUCAGCUACAACUUGCCAAGUUACAAGCUUCCAAGAGGGAACAGUCACCUGAACAAACUAGCACUGGACAACCAGACUAUCAGCAACAAGUCGCUCCACCUCCACAGCCUGUCCAACAACCACUUCAAACCCCAGCUGCUCCACCUCAACCUUCUCCACAUCCUUCUCCCCUUGUUUCUCAUGCUCCUUUACCUCCACAACAACAAAAUCCAUCUCCUGUUGUCCCUUAUCCUUCACAAUUAUCUCAGCCCCACAUGCCUACUAUACAUUCUCUAGCUCAAGAACCCUGCCUGCCCCCACCAGUUCAGUCAGUGGAUACUACACAUCAGCAGUACCAGAUGCCUGUACAGCAACCACAGCCGCCACCACCACCACCACCACCACCACAAUACCAAUCAGUACCUCAGCUACAGCAGCCAUACUCUCAACCAAUCCAGACACCCCAAGCUCCAAAUCCUCCUCAGCUUCAACCUCCAUUGACCCAUCCCCCCGAGGAGCCAUCACCAUAUAUGCCACAAUCUCAAAGCUACCCUCAUAGCAUCCGUCAACCUGCCCCUCUGACUCAGGCACCAACCAGGGCCCCUCCUACUCAACAAUUUUAUGGGCCAAACAGUAGCAUGUAUGAACCCUCAGCAAUCAGGCCGAGCCCGAUGCAUAUACCCUAUUCUGCUGGCUAUGGUGCACCUAGUGGUCCUAGUUUGUCUGAACCAUAUUCUUACAGUGGAUCACCAUCCCACUAUAGCGGUACUACCAUGAAACCAUCUCCCUUUUCUUCUGCUCCCUCAUCAGGUGGAAGCAACUACCAGCGCCUCCCAACAGCUAAAGUAUUGCCUCAAGCACUGCCAACCGAAUCAAGUUCCAGCGAGAGCACUGGGAGAGUGCCAAUUGAUGAUGUUGUAGACAAGGUUGUGACAAUGGGGUUUUCUAGAGAUCAGGUUCGAGCAACUGUGCGGAAACUUACAGAGAAUGGACAGUCAGUGGAUCUAAAUGUUGUGCUUGAUAAGCUUAUGAAUGAUGGUGAGAUCCAGCCACAGAAGGGUUGGUUUGGACGGUGAGUCUGUGAUUAUUUAUGUUAUUUCUUUGUAAAUAAUAAUUGUCGUACUGUAUAUGAACCUUCUCAGUUUGAGUAUUAGUGGAGUGUCUGCUAUGGGGAACCUGGAUUCCUAUUGGAGGGGUGUAUGCAGGGUUCUAAUGUUUAAAAGUACCUGUCGUUUAACUGAAACAAUAACAAGAGGUGUUUUUUUAUUGUUCAAUUCACUCCUAUCUUUUCAGAUU